AUGCCGUCGAACACUAGAGGGGCCUCAAGGUCGCGCUCCAAGACACCGCACCGCACCACAUCAAACGCACGUGGCGGGGCCGCGACGCGCAAACAGCUCUCUCCACUUAACCCUCCAACGAUGGGGUAUGAGUGGGGCGGCCCAGUGGGCGCGCUAGCCAUGAUAUUGUUCCUCCCGCUUCUUGUACUCAGCCUAAACACACUGUGUGGGGAGAAACAGUGCACGGUUAAUGGCGUUUAUAAACUUCAUACGGAACUCAUGAAGACUGUUAGGACGUCUCUUUCUCAUCUUCCUGUUGCACUUGGGCUUGAAUUGGCGUGGAUGCUGCUGCAUGCACUGCUCUACGUUGCUCCUUUUGGAGCGCGGGUGAAGGGGACGAAGCUGCGUAACGGGGAAACCCUCGUGUACAACAUGAAUGCUGUACAUGCGUUUCUUUUAACCCACCUUGUUGUGGGUGUCCUUCACUACCAGGGCAUUGUUCGUCUGGCGGUUCUGGCGGAGAUGUUUGUGUCGCUUAUGAUUGCCUCAAUUAUAAUCUCCACGACCAUGAGUAUUGUGCUCUACACCGCAUCCUUUCGGGCAUCGACUGUGUUGCUUUCUGAGGGAGGCAACACGGGGAGUCACGUAUACGACUUUUGGAUGGGGCACGAACUUAACCCUCGAACUGGUUCACUUGACUGGAAAUUGAUGUGUGAACUUCGCCCAGGUCUUAUUGGGUGGAGUCUUCUGAAUUGGGCCUUUGUAGCCAAAUCUGUGGAAGCUGGCACGUGCACUCCCAGCAUCGUUGUCAUAGCCCUGAUGGAGUCGCUUUACGUCUUUGAUGGACUUUUACUCGAGGCGGGGAACCUGACAAUGAUGGAUAUUGUGCACGACGGGUUUGGCUUCAUGUUGUGCUUUGGCGAUCUCACGUGGGUGCCAUUUACCUACACGCUCAAAACCAAGUUCUUGGCGUAUCACCCUGUGAAGCUGAGCUACGGGUAUAUGGCAUGCGUCUGUCUGGUGGCUGUGGUCGGCUACGUCAUCUUUCGUGGGUCAAACUCUCAGAAGAAUAAGUUUCGUCAGAACCCGCGUGACAAGGCGGUGUCAAAGGUGAAGGUGAUGAGGACCGCGCGCGGGAAGUCGCUCAUUAUCUCUGGCUAUUGGGGCAUAUGUCGCCACCCCAACUACGUGGGGGACUGGCUAAUGACUCUUUCCUGGUCUGCGCUGACGGGCACGAUGGCACUUUUGCCGUAUUAUCAGCCGGUGUACUUCGCCGUUCUUCUCAUGCACCGCCAAUUGCGGGAUGAGCGUCAGAUGGCUGAAAAGUACGGUGAGGCGGACUGGAAAAAGUUCUGCAGUAUUGUCCGAUAUCGUCUCAUUCCGUAUGUUUACUGA